UGUUCCAUUCUUUUACGAACCAAAUUUUGAGGCAAAAAUUGAACCACUCAAGCGAUGUCUAGAAAUCAAUCCCGUUAAACAUUAUGACCCCGUUAUUUACGGAGAACAUUUGCUAAAGAAGGUCUCUGGAAAUUUUGAAAUUGUGGAUAAACAAGCUACCUAA